UCCAAAAGACUCACGUUAAUUCACGAUACAUUUGACAUGUACUUAGUAAGCACUAGUUGAUAGAAUCCUACUCCCCUGCCACGGGUAACAAUUCCCUGGCAGCUUUGGCUAUUAGCAAUAUAUAUGCCUUUCCAACCUAGUUAGGAUUACAGUAUAACAAGUUUCGCAAUGUUUUGUACGUCAUGGCCGAUAGCCUUCAUUUAUGUCACAAACACCAAAAGCGCCCAUCCAAUUGCCCAGAACGGAAGAUCUUGGCAACGUGAGUCAAUAUUCAUGCCAAUAUGGUUGAAACGUCAUGUAGGAAUUCACGUACAUUUUGUUUGACCCAAAACUCAUAACAUUCCACGUCGCACCCUGCACUCAAAGCUGUCUGAUCUACAGGAAAGCGACGUCUUUGGCCUGUGGAAAAGGUAUCGUAAUUUCUUGCAGAACAUUAAUUCCCAAUCUCUAUCCAGCGCCUACAUAAUCUAUCGUCGUGGAGGAGGGUUGAAUCCAGGGGGAGGAGGGCCGCCAGGGUUGAAGCCAGGAGGGGCGAAAGGAGCACUUCCGGGGAAACCGGGAGGAGGGAAGCUUCCAGGGAAACCGGGAGGGGGAGCACCUCGGCCACCAGGGAAACCGGGAGCUCCAGGGAAGCCAGGGAAGCCAGGAGGCGCAGCACCGCCAACACCAGCGGCAGG